GGGCCUCAAAAGUCUAUUUCGACAGCCUGGCAGCUCUCUCGUCCAUCUUCAUACUCCAAAAUGCCUUCGUCAAAAGCAAUACACCAGUUCCAGCGACGUGGUUCGAUAUUCCAGAGGGACCUCAAUCGCGCUCAUACUGAAAAGUGCGAUUGGGCCGGUCCUCCAUUGAACACACUCUACGCUGGAAUAUCACUGCAAUACGACAACUCAGUGGCAGCAGUCUUGGCCAUAGCUAUCCGCGAUUCGACAUAUCUCCUUGACUUCUACGAGCAUCAUUUUGAUUCCAAGCCCAAGAAAAAACUCACGGAGAACGAUGUGGGUGAUUUUAUAAUUGCUCGCCUGCGAGAAUACAGCGAAGAACACCUCGAGCGGUUUAUGGGCCUGGGCAUGCCUGAAGAUGUCACUAUUCGAUACCCCAGAUUAUGCUCGCGUCUGUGGCAUGAACUGGAUAUAGUGCCUAUAUAUUUUCGAGAGGGAGUUCCACUGUUUGUUUCUUCGCCAUCAGACCCGAUACAAUGGAACGCUCGAUGCAUUGACGAACUCGCCGAGUCAAUGGCAAGGAAAUGUGUUCGAUUUUUCGGACCGAGCAAUAACCCCAUCCUAGACGUUGGUUAUCAUGGAAUCGUCGAAGUCGACUGCGGAGCUCGUAUACGUAUUGUUGCUCCAGAUGACUACGUACCUACAGUUGGGGCCACUACAUGGAAAGCCGUGAAGCAUUAUGCGGAACAACUGACGAAGCGCAAUAUCAAGAUUGCAUUUUUCAGCGCAACUCCCCAAGGUGGUGGCGUUGCUCUGAUGCGACAUGCAUUGGUGCGAUUUGCUCGGACAAUCGGUAUUGACCUUAGGUGGUAUGUCCCGAAACCGCGCCCUGGAGUCUUCCGCAUCACAAAGACGAACCACAAUAUCCUGCAAGGCGUAUCAGCCCCCGAGGAGCGAUUCACUCCCAAUUUCCAAGCAACCAUCGAAGAUUGGCUGCAAGACAAUUCGCACAGAUACUGGCUGUCUUCCAAUGGACCACUUCUGGCACCGUCGGAAGGAGGAGCGGAUCUGGUAGUCAUUGACGAUCCACAGAUGCCUAGCCUCAUUCCCAUAGCCAAAAAGGCAGCUCCACACAGGCCAGUUAUUUUCCGCAGUCACAUCCAGAUCCGAAGCGACCUCGUGGGAACUCCUGGUACCCCACAACAUGAAGCUUGGUCGUGGAUGUGGGAUCGUAUCAAGCUCGCAGAUGUUUUCAUUAGCCAUCCGGUGGAAGUCUUUGUUCCUGGAACCGUCCCCAAGGAGAAAGUUGGAUAUAUGCCGGCAACCACAGACUGGCUUGAUGGGCUCAACAAAACCAUGCGUGACUGGGAUAUAGCCUCAUACGGGCGUAUCUUCAAUACGUUUUGUUACAAUACCCGCAUGACCCCCAUCAAUUACCCUGAUGAUGAAUAUAUCAUCCAAGUCGCUCGUUUUGAUCCAUCAAAAGGAAUACCGGAUGUCCUUGAAUCAUACGCUAGAUUCCAUGAACUGCUCAAACAAAACGGGAUAGCCGAGAAACCUCCCAAACUUCUGAUCUGUGGUCAUGGAUCAGUCGAUGAUCCAGAUGGAAAUGUUGUAUAUGAUGCUACAAUGGCUCAUAUUGAAACCCGCCUUCCGCACUUGAAGGACUUGAUCUGCGUCAUGCGUCUAGGACCAUCGGAUCAGAUUCUCAAUACCCUCAUGUCCAAGGCCAAAAUCGCCCUACAGCUUUCAACCCGUGAAGGGUUUGAGGUCAAGGUCUCUGAGGCAAUCCACAAGGGCAAACCCAUCAUUGCAAGCAGGGCCGGCGGAAUUCCAUUGCAAGUCGAAGACCAGAAGAACGGAUUUCUGGUCGAGGUUGGCGAUAGAGAAGCAGUCGCAAAGUAUCUAUUCGAUCUUUGGACUGAUCAAGAACUGUACGAUCGGAUGAGCCAGGCUGCUUUAAAAACGGUGAGCGAUGAAGUCACGACUGUCGGGAAUGCGUUGUGCUGGUUUUAUCUUGCUUCGCAGUUGACCGCGGGAAAGACUGUCAAGCCUAAUGAGAGAUGGAUCAAUGAUAUGGCCCGGGAAGAGGCGGGAAUACCGUAUGAAGAGGAUGAGAAUCGGUUGAAACGAGCCGUCAGGGUUGAGAAUAUGGGAUGAUUCACACCAGACUCGCAGUGUAAUUAGUAUCGGUGCUUGGAUGCAUAUAGCUGCUCUUUAGUACAUUAAUGUAUAAAUGACCGACUUUGAAUCUCU